ACUGUCCCACUGUCACAUCAUCACGUGUGUGAGGGAUCUCUCUUAGACUCAUUAAGCCCUUUGUUAACACAAUUUAACAAAAAGAACAUUAUUAAGGCUGACAUGGAGACGUGAAGUAUUUGACGGCAUCGUUUUCGAGACGCCACGCUGUUAUUGGACGCCUCAGUGUAACAUGAAACUUGAAUAACCUCUCAGCUGUGUCAAAGUAACGCCAUGAACACGACUCGCCUGCUGCAGUUUACGCUCCAUGUCACACUCAGCAGAUGAUUUGCAAUAUGCAAAAGCCUCCGAAGUCCUGCAUCUUUUUAGCGUAUGAAUCAAUGCACACAAACUCACACUGUAGGACAUACGUGUCAGAGCAGACAGCAGAUAUCCCUGAUCCUGAAGGACACACAGUAACAGCGUCGGCGUCAUGGAGUCGUCCAUGAAGACAAACAUGUUCGUCCAUUUAUUCUCCAACUCCUCCGUCGAUCAUCUUCAAACCCGAGGAUGCAAAUUGGUCUUUGCGUCCUUCUUCGCCUGCUCCGUCCUCUUCCUCCUUCCUCUCUGUAUCCACGUCUUGUGUGUGGGCUCCCAGCGGUGGAGGAAGCAGCGCUCCAACCCUACAGCGGAGAUGAUAAGCCACUCUGACAUCAUCACGUUCAACAUGGUCGGCGUGGAGCUGGUCGCCGUCUCGGGGAUGUCCCUCUACUGUUACGGCUCCUUCUCUGAUCGCCUGACUCUGCUGAUUGUGGGGUUUUACAUUUUGUCCAUCAUCGCACCUGGACAGACUCUGUUUCACGCCCUCACCUGUGUGGAGCGCUACCUGGCCGUCGUUCACCCCGUCACCUACAUGGGGCUGAAGCAGUCCGGCGGGGUCCGGAUUAGAAACGUCAGCAUCGGGGGCGUUUGGAUGAUCUGCUUUGCUUCGCUUAUCGUAGCACAGACCGUUUGGGCGGCUUUCGUCUUGAAUCUCAUCACCAUGCUCCUCUCCUCCGCCGUCGUCUGUUUCUGCAGUCUCUCCGUUCUUCAUGUUUUGAUUCAUCCAGGGCCGAGGGAAGGGGUUGACCCGGCAAGGCAGAGGGCUUUCCACACCAUCCUGGCCAUAACGGGAGUUCUUCUGCUGAGGUCUUUCCUUAUUUUGGUUUAUUUUAUACUGAAUGUUUUAUCAGCAAUAAGCACGAGUGAUGAUUGUUUCAUGACAUGGUCUGCUGCCUGGCUCUCUCUGCCAAGCAGUCUAGUGCUCCCUCUGCUGUUCCUGCACAGAGCAGGGAAACUGCCAGGCUGCAAGCAGAGGACUGGAACAGGCUGAGGUGUAAGCAGUGAACAGAAAGGAUAGAGAAGAGUUCUCAAACACGUUCAACUAAGACAGGACCGACUGAUUCGUGUUGGUGGUUAAUAGAGCAUCGUGGGCUGUUGUCACUGUUUCCUCGUCAUGAGUUCAUCUUGUUUAGUUCUGUGUUUCAUGCCUUGGUUCCUCCCUAGUUAUAGGUUAUCCUAUGUCUUCCUCUUGUAUUAGUGAUCCAUGUCUUGUGUGUUUUAUUCAAUUCAAAAUAUGAGGCUGACUCACUGGAAACAAAAUCUACCUACAGGUACAAAUAA